AAAGAAGUAAAACUGCAGGCUUAUGGUGUAUGCCAUUGUAAGUGUGCUUGUUUAAGUAAGGAGCACAGAAGAAGAGAUGAAACUCAAAGAAAUCAACCGGACAGCCAUGCUCAGCUGGAGUCCUGCCCAGCAUCACCCUAUCUAUUUAGCCACAGGGACCUCAGCACAGCAGCUUGAUGCCUCCUUCAGCACCAGUGCAUCCUUGGAGCUAUUUGAGUUAAAUUUGGCAGAUCCAUCGUUAGACAUGAAAUCUUGUGGCAUCUUCUCAUCCUCACAUCGAUAUCACAAACUUGUUUGGAGUCCAUUUGGCAUUGAUGGGCAGGGUCUGGCCUCGGGGGUUCUUAUUGCUGGUGGAGAAAAUGGAAAUGUCAUCCUGUAUGAUCCUGUAAAGAUUCUGUCUGGAGACAGAGAUGUGAUCAUUGCAGAGAGCAGCAUUCACACAGGGCCUGUGAGAGCUCUUGACGUGAACCCAUUUCAGGCAAACUUAGUUGCAUCAGGUGGAAAUGAAUCGGAAAUUUACAUAUGGGAUAUUAAUAAUUUUGGAUCUCCAAUGACACCUGGACCCAAGACACAGCCUCUAGAGGACAUCAGCUGUGUGGCAUGGAACAGACAAGUCCAACACAUCCUGGCCUCUACUAGCCCAAGUGGACGAACUUCAGUGUGGGAUCUACGCAAGAAUGACCUCAUCAUUAAAGUCUGCGACCACAGCAACAGAAUGCAUUGUUCUGGGAUGGCCUGGAAUCCAGAAGUGGCUACACAGUUGGUUAUGGCCUCUGAAGAUGAUCGAAUGCCUGUGAUUCAAAUGUGGGAUUUGCGUUUUGCAUCCUCUCCCCUCAAGAUUUUAGAAAAUCACACACGUGGUGUCUUAGCCAUUGCAUGGAGCUCUGCCGAUCCAGAGCUGCUUCUCAGCUGUGGGAAGGACGGUAGGAUUCUUUGUUGGAAUCCAAACACAGCAGAGAUUUUAUAUGAACUGCCUACUGGCAACCAGUGGUGCUUUGACAUCCAGUGGUGCCCAAGAAACCCUGCAGUGCUUUCUUCAGCAGGCUUUAAUAGCUGUAUAAAUAUCUAUUCCAUUAUGGGAGGCACCAAUCAAGCUCAGAGCCAGAGACAUGUGGACCAGAUAAGUAACUCAUUUGGAAACAUGGAUCCCUUUGGAACAGGACAAACUCUACCUCCAUUGGAGCUGCCUCAGAGUGGGACCCUUUCAACUACAGUUAACCCACUAAAGAAGCCCCCAAAAUGGAUACAGAGACCUGUGGGAGCAUCAUUUGCUUUUGGAGGGAAAUUGGUGUCUUUGGAUAAUGGAAAACCAAAUCCCCAGCAGCCCAAUAGCCAUGUUGUGCAUGUCAGCCAGGUUGUUACAGAAACUGACUUGUUGAAGCGCUCCAACCAGCUACAGGACACCAUCAGUUCAGGUCAAUUUCUGGAGUUUUGCCAAGGAAAAAUCAACUUGGCUGAGAAUGAGUUUGAAAAGACAGUUUGGUCUUUUCUCAAGGCUAAUUUUGACAGUGACAGCCGCUCAAGGUUCCUGGAGCUUCUUGGCUACAAUAAAGAGGAACUAGCCCUAAAGAUUUCUGCUGCAUUAACUGAAAAGCCCAGAGAGAUGGAUUUUCCCACUCUGUGUGAUGCACAGCCAGUUGCCGACCUUAACGUUGUCCCUGCCAUAGAUUACACUGCCACAGAGGCAGCAUUUGACUUGAUUGCUGAUGUGAAUGCAGAAGAAAAGAGUGCUGAUCACAAUUAUGAAAUUGUAGAUCAUAACCAAGUAACAAAUGGCACUCCUGAACAUCAGUGGGAUAAUGAGAAAAUAAUUUUUGAUGAGGAAGUAAAUGACAUUUUAGAUGGCAGUGAGGACGUGCUUCAAGCUUCUAUGGAAGAAACACCUCAGGAAUCAGUUUCUGAAGUCCAAACUCCCAGUGAAGAACCAUCACAGGAUCCUUUUUCCGACAUUCAAGCUCCCAGUGAAGAACUAUCACAGGAUCCUUUUUCUGACAUUCAAGCUCCCAGUGAAGAACCAUCACAGGAUCCUUUUUCUGACAUUCAAGCUCCCAGUGAAGAACCAUCACAGGAUCCUUUUUCCGACAUUCAAGCUCCCAGUGAAGAACCAUCACAGGAUCCUUUUUCCGACAUUCAAGCUCCCAGUGAAGAACCAUCACAGGAUCCUUUUUCCGACAUUCAAGCUCCCAGUGAAGAACCAUCACAGGAUCCUUUUUCCAGUAUUCAAGCUCCCAGUGAAGAACCAUCACAGGAUCCUUUUUCCGACAUUCAAGCUCCCAGUGAAGAACCAUCACAGGAUCCUUUUUCCGACAUUCAAGCUCCCAGUGAAGAACCAUCACAGGAUCCUUUUUCCAGUAUUCAAGCUCCCAGUGAAGAACCAUCACAGGAUCCUUUUUCCGAUAUUCAAGCUCCCAGUGAAGAACCAUCACAGGAUCCUUUUCCCGACAUUCAAGCUCCCAGUGAAGAACCAUCACAGGAUCCUUUUCCCGACAUUCAAGCUCCCAGUGAAGAACCAUCACAGGAUCCUUUUUCCGACAUUCAAGCUCCCAGUGAAGAACCAUCACAGGAUCCUUUUGAGAAAGUGCUUGAAGCUCCUAGUGAACAAUUGCUCAUUGGUGAAGUUCUCAAGGCACCUGAAGAUGGUGCAUCACAGGUUAUUGCUCCUGUAGUCAACCCAGACCUUGGUAUGAAUAAAGAUGUUGACAGGCUGAUUACACAAGCUCUGUUAACUGGAGAUUUUGAAGGAGCGGUUGAACUCUGCCUCCAUGACAACCGUAUGGCAGACAGUAUUAUCCUCGCUAUUGCUGGAGGAGCUGAGCUUCUAAAGAAAACUCAAAAGAAGUAUUUCAUAAAGUCACAAAGCAAGCUGACUAAGCUUAUAAGUGCCGUUGUGAUGAAGGACUUGCAUGACAUCAUGAGCACCUGUGAGCUACAGAACUGGAAGGAGGCGCUGGCUGCUGUUAUGACAUAUGCUCAGACUCAGGAGUUUUCCGCCCUUUGUGAUCUCCUUGGUGGUAGAUUGGAGGGAGCAAAUGAUCCCAAGUUGCAAGCACAGGCCUGUCUCUGUUACAUCUGUGCUGGUAAUUUGGAGAAACUGGUGUCUUGCUGGAUCAAGGCACAAGAAGGAAGCAAUCCACACUCUCUACAGGACCUGGUGGAAAAAGUGGUUGUGAUGCAACAUGCAGUAGAACAGACUCAAAACUUGGGUCCUCUUGCAGUUGGGGUCCUGUUAGCCAAGAAGAUGAGCGAGUAUGCAAAACUAUUAGCCUCUCAGGGUUGCUUGACCACAGCUCUUUCUUACCUACCCAACGAAUCCAACCAUGUUUGUAUUCAGCUGCUUCGUGAGCGUCUGAGCCAUGCUCUAGGUCAGCAGGACCCAGCAUCUUUCAAAACGCAAAGCAUCCCCUCUAAGGUCCCUCAUCUGCAGACUCCUACUCAAUCCAAUAACCCAUAUUCUGUAGUGCAGCCCACCACCACUGCUCCUGCUCAGCUUCAGUACUACCAGCCCGUCAGGGCUGCUUCUACUGUCACCUCUUGGAGUAAUCAAACUCCAACAGCCUUCUCCCAUGUGCCUACUCCUCUUCCAGUUGGCACUGUCUCAGACCCAUCAAAGGUGGAGCUAUCGAACCCUAUAUGUGCAAUGCCAACCACAGGCACAGCCGCUGUGCCUUCUGUUUCCUCUGCGCCUUUCAUGCACUCCCAUCAAUACCAGAACUAUGCCCAGGUUAACCAGUACCCACAGGGAGCUGGAGGGUUGACUGAAUAUCGGACUCAUCAGGAUUCCCCUCCUAUGGCACCUCUUUUGGCUGAAGCUUCUGUUGCUCCUCACCCUCCAGGCUUUCUCUCUCACUACUCUCAGCCUGUCCCAUCUCAAGCUGCUUAUGCCCCUUCACCUCUCAGCAGUCAAUGCCCAUCUUUCUCCUCUUCCUCCAAUCCGCCUUUGUUUCCCAAAAUCUCCACUUCAACACCAUGUGCUGUGCCUCCAUCCUCGAUGGGGUCCUUCCAGCAUGGUGGACCUGGCUCUCCGGGGUCUUACAUGCUGCUGCCUCCACAGAGUGGAGUCUCAGGACCUCAGAAUGGCUGGAAUGAUCCUCCAACCCUGAGUCGAGUUCCCAAGAAGAAGCUAGUUCCACAGAACUACACCCCCCCUGCUCCUAUUACAGCCCCCAUCAUGGCUCCACUGGGGGUCAAUCUCCAGUCUCAGCAGAUGCCCUCAGGGUCCCCUCAGACCAUGGGUCAGAUCCCACAUGCUGUUCAGACCCCCUAUUCAGGCAUGCAGCAGCCACUUCCCUCUUCUGCUAUGAACUCCAUGAACACAACAAUGCCCAAAACCAGCUCUGAAGGUCCACCUGGAGCACCUAUUGGUGAUGCUAUUCAGCCUCCUCAGUCUAUGCCUGCUGAAAAGAUCACAAAGAAGCCCAUUCCUGAUGAGCACUUUGUUUUAAAAAACACAUUUGAGGGCCUUAUUCAAAAAUGCCUAAUUGUUGCUACAGACCCGCAAACCAAAAGGAAACUUGAUGACGCUAACAAGCGUUUGGAAACACUUUAUGACAAGCUGAGAGAGCAAACGCUAUCCCCAGCUAUUGUAGGGGGUCUUCAUAAUAUUGCUAGGACUAUUGAGUCACGAUCCUACGCAGAGGGCCUCAAUAUCCACACACACAUUGUAAGCAGCAGUAACUUCAGUGAAAUUUCAGGUUUUAUGCCAGUGCUCAAAGUGGUGUUGACACAAGCCAAAAAACUGGGAGUAUGAGCAACGCACUAACCACAUAGUAUGAGUAUCGUAAGGGAAAAAAUGUAAUUCAGACAAACUUGAUCAAGAUGUACAGGAAACUGGUUUAAUAGACUGCUGAACCUCACUUCAAUCAGUCAGUGGUAAAUCUGGUCUGAUCAUUGAUUUAAGUAUUGCAUAGAUUUAUUAAUUCUCUAUUGGGCUGUCAUA